AUGUCUGCGUGCAAGACCCCAUUUUCGAUAGAAUCGAUUCUAGCGGAGCCGGUCAUGUGCGCGGACAAAGAAAACCAAGAGCCAAGAAACCAGAAGCCACCGUUCAGCUACAACGCUUUGAUCAUGAUGGCCAUUCGUAAUAGCCCAGAUAAGAAGUUGACGCUGAAAGGGAUCUACGAGUACAUCACGAAAAAUUUUCCGUAUUUCCAGGAGAAUCAACAAGGAUGGCAAAACACAAUCAGGCAUAACCUGAGCUUGAGCAAAUACUUUAUCAAAGUGCCGAGGUCGUUCGACGAUCCGGGCAAGGGAAACUAUUGGAUGGUCGAUCCAUCGGCUGACGACGUUUUCAUUGGCGAAACCACGGGGAAAUUGAGGAGGAGAGCCAACGAUGCGACGCGCAUUCCUCUAAUGAACGUCACGGGCAUGCCGAUUCGUUAUCCGGGAUACUAUCCGGGACCGGAGUAUCAGGAAUAUGUUCACGGUCAAAUGGUGAGCGUCGGUUAUCCGCAGUGUUACCCUCAUUCGGUAGACUACAUUAAUUUGCAGCAACACGUUCAUUACCAGAUGACUACGCAUAACUAUCACAAUUUGUAA